CCACACAUCCGGGUUCGAUUUUCGAGACAGUUGUGCAACUCGGAAUGAUGGAAAUUCAUGAAUCGACUUGUUUCGCUUUUUCUCCCCGUUUAGUUGUCUGCUGGCUGAUCUUUUGUCGCGCCAAAAGUUCUUUCGUUCUUCGACCUGCCGGAAUAUUUCUUAACGCGUAGAGCUUCAAGUUACUCUCAACAGUGCUUUCACUACUUUAAUUUUCGACUCACCAUAAAACUGGCUGUCAACAGUAAAACUGAUCAUCUUUGUGAAACUACCCGUACCCAACGGACGCCUGUAAAACUUGUUAAGCCUUGAUGUUUAGAAGUUGAUAUUGCGGGGGUUCCGAAUUUCGCCAGAACCUACAACGGGCUGAUGUUGGCAACGGCGGAUGACGCUCCGCAUCAGGUUAUUAUCAGCACAAACAGAUGCGUCGCAUUCCUUGAUGCGCAGUCCCUUCAAGGAUGACGCAGGAGACCCCAUCUAACGCCGUUAUCAACCGAAUCAGCCAUUCAGCCAAGUUCAACGCCCGGACGAGCACGGACGACGACGACGACAUCCAGAUCAUCGGCAGCGUCGCGGCCCCUCCCCCGGAUCCGGCCGCGCCCCGUCCCCCGGGUCCGGCCUUCCUGCGCCGCUACGUCAUGGGCAACCGCAGCAGCGCCCUGCCCCCGCACGGGCCCCCCGCACAGGAACCCCGCCAGGUCGCGCCCCCCGGACUGCGCUUCAUCCGAGUGGCGCCCGCGCGGCUGACGGCCCCCGCUCCCACCGCCGCCGCUCCCCCUGCGACCAUCUCCGACAGCAGCGCCCCCGCGGCCGCGCCGCAGGCCGACGCCGGGGCCCCGGCGCCUCAGGAACCCCGCGAGGCACUUUUGCCCCUUCGUCAGGACGCCAUCAAACCGGACCCGCUGGGGCCUUCCGCCGACAGUCUUCCCGCGGACCCCGAGCCCCUCCCGCCGGCCGGGGACCCCUCCCCACCCCCCGCUCCCUCCUCCACCUCGCCCGCACCCCCCGCCGCGCCGAUGGACACCGCCGAGCCCGCCCCCAUCCCCAGCACCUCUGCCGGCCUCCCUGACGCCGAGGGGCCCGAGCGGCCCUCCUCGCGGGCCUCCAGUCCGCCCAGCGAGAUGACGGAGGAGUACUUUGAGCGGCAUCUGCACAUCCGCGACCUGGACGCCCCCAUCCCGCCCGAGUACGACGUGCCGUACGACACGGAGACGGAGGAGGAGGACGCGGACGACGAGUACGAUGAGGACGAGGUGUACGAGGAGGAGGAGGAGAAGGAGCCGCAGGUGGACUACUACGCCGAGGUGGAGGAGGUCAUGGACGCCAUGGCCGAGGGCCCCGACAAGCUGCGUCUGGGCAAACUGGUGGAGUUGGCGCGGGAGUGCGAUCAGCGGGUCAAGGCGCUCGAGCGCCAGGACGUCGAUAUGGACGACGAGGCGGCCUACUACCAAAACACGAUGGAGCAGGAGAAGUGGAAGAAGCGCAGCGCCGCCUGCCUGGAGGAGAUCGUCAAACUGGCGGAGAUGGUGGAGGAGGAGGAGGCCGGCGGCGGCCGGGAGCGGGCGCUGCGGGGCUUCCAGAUGCGGCCGUUCGUGUACAAGGGCAGCGGCGUGCACCGACUGGACCAGUGUCUGACGCGCAUGGUGCAGAAGUCCUGCGCCGACAACGUGCAGGCGGCCGCCGCCCGCCGCGCCGGCCAGAAGGCCGACUUCCGCAAGGACUACAGCGAGGAGCACGUGCGCAUCAUCAUGCAGAAGAUCGCCGCCGAGAAGAAGCAGCCGCGCCUGCGCCACGAGGAGACGCGCCGGCCGCUGGACGUGCAGGACGUGUAUCCGCGCUUCCACCGCGCCGUCAAGCAGUACCGCGCCAAGAUGUUCCGCAAGACCGUCGUCCCCAAAUUCGCCUAUAGCUUCGAUGAGCCGCAGUUGCCGCGCGACUUCAACCUGGAGCAGCGCCUACUGAUCAACCAGGACCGGCGCGGCUUCCUGGACCGUUUCGCGGAGGAGUACGAGGCCAAGCUGCGCGCCGAGGGCCUGGUGGUGGAGCGCGACGAGGCCAAUCCGGGCGCCAACAAGCCCGACUUCUCCAACGACGAGUACGACCUCGUCGAGGAGGAGGACGACGACGAAGGAGAGGCGCCGCCGGCGCAACCGGAAGACGUCGCCGUCGACGCGGCGGACGCCGGCGCCGGCCGCGACGGGGAUGUGGCGAUGGAGCAGGAUAAGGAGGAGGAGGAGCGGGUGGAGGACGGGAUCGACGCGCAGUCCAGCACCACCGAGGAGCCCGAGGGCAGUCUGCCCCGCAGCGAACCCGCCACCGCAUCGCCCGGCAGCAGUAAGCGCAAGAGCCCCGAGGACGACGCCAGCCCGUCCCCUGCGACCGGGGAAGGAGAAUCAACGUUGAAGCGCAGUAAAUCGGAGGUGAUCAGCAGCGAACUGGACAACCUCCACAUCGACGCCCCGCCCCCUCCCGCGCCGCCGCCCCUGGUGGCGCCCCCUCGCAAAGCGCCGACGCCGCCGCUGAUCGACCUGUGCGACACGGACGACGACGCGCCGGACGACGAGGGCCUGGACGAGGCGGCCGCGCAGGAGAACAUCCGGCCGCCCGCGGACGGCGACGCGGACGAGUAUCCGGAUGAUGUGCUCAAUCUGCUCAGCGACGACUAAUGUAUCAACUUGAUCAUUGUGCGCUUAACAUGGACGAAAAGCACAGCGUUGCGUGGAUUAUUUAGAGGAAACUGCGGCGUUUUCCGUGCAGUAUGCGCUGCAGCCGGAAGUCGUUUUCCGACAUUUUGACCGGCUCGGCAUCAUGACCUCUUCUGUUUUUCUGGCAGUUUAACGAGAAUUUUUCCAGCUGCAUUUUAAUGAGCAUUUUGUAGCGGUGUUUUCGCAGUGGUUGCGCCUUUUUUUUAUUAGCCUGUCGUUGAAAUGUUCUGCACAAUAUUCUGCUGAGAAAAAAUUACUAAUGUUAUUGGUCUCCUGUUCCUGUUAAAAUUCAAGCAAUUUCGGGUCGUUGUGCAAAUGAAACUGAUUGAGAAAUAAGAAAA